AUGUACCUGCACAGAAGACCCGCCGACGGACCCGCCGACGGAUCCACUGACGAACCCGCCGACGGACCCACCAGCGAGCUCGCCAAUGAAUCCGAGAACCCGCCAGCAAGCGAGCCAUCGGACCCGCAAGCCCGCCAACAAGCAAGCCGAUGGACCAGCCGACAGACCCCCCCCUUCCCCCGUUGCCUUCCCUUCCGUGACUGUGGAUGUUGGGGGGGAGGUGGCGUGGACGGGGUGGCCGCCGUGACCCCUCUACGCUUCCCCACCCGUCUCGCCCCCGCGCGUUUGCAGUGGCAGUCGCCGUAUGGGGGAGGAAAGGGGGAAGGGGGUGACGGCGGGACCUGUUGGGGGGGAGGUGGCGUGGAGUGGGUGGCCGCCGUGAGCCCCAGCAGCACCACCCUCUGCCCUGCCUCUCCCCUUCCGCGGUUGCUGCUGUGGUGGGGAGGUGGUAGGGCCGGGUGGGUGGGGGGGCUGGCUGCCGUGUGA